UGGUUUCUGGAGGAGUCUAUUACUAUCAAGAAGUUAUUUAAAGUUGCAUCUCUCCACAUUUUGGCACCACCUUGAUCAAGACUUGGCAGAAAGAUAACAAUGGAGGUCAACAAAAUCUGUACACUUCCUUGUUUACUUCUCCUAUUUUUAUGUCUAUGUCUGUCAUCAAUUUCUGUCACCAUAGCUACCACACCUAACCCACCUCUUCACGAUUUCAACACCAACAAAUUACUAUUUUCUCCAAGAUUUAAUAAAAUUUAUGAUACUUCUAAGUAUGGAAAAUUUCAGCUCUUUAAUGGCUUGGCUUUGACUCCUCAAAUGGGGUGGAAUAGUUGGAACUUUUUUGCCUGCAAUAUAAAUGAAACAGUUAUCAAGGAGACAGCUGAUGCCCUAGUUUCAACUGGAUUGGCUAAAUUAGGUUAUAUUUAUGUAAACAUAGAUGAUUGCUGGAACAAAGCAACUCGAGAUUCAAAGGAUCAAUUAGUUCCUGAUCCAAAAACAUUCCCCUCGGGGAUUAAAGCGCUUGCUGACUAUGUUCAUGCUAAAGGGCUCAAGCUUGGUAUCUAUUCGGAUGCUGGGGUUUUUACAUGUCAAGUUCGACCAGGAUCACUUUUCCACGAAGAUGAUGAUGCCAAGCUUUUUGCCUCUUGGGGUGUUGAUUAUCUAAAAUAUGACAACUGCUACAAUUUGGGUAUUCCACCAAAAAAGAGAUAUCCUCCAAUGCGUGAUGCACUAAAUGCAACUGGGCGUCCAAUCUUUUAUUCACUUUGUGAAUGGGGUGUUGAUGACCCCGCCUUAUGGGCUGGGGAGGUCGGCAAUAGCUGGAGAACGACAGAUGACAUAAAUGAUUCUUGGGCUAGUAUGACUACUCUUGCUGAUCUAAAUAACAAGUGGGCAUCUUAUGCAGGCCCUGGUGGAUGGAACGAUCCUGAUAUGUUAGAGGUGGGAAAUGGUGGGAUGACUUACCAUGAGUACCGCGCACAUUUUAGCAUUUGGGCUUUGAUGAAGGCUCCUUUAUUGAUUGGCUGUGAUGUAAGAAACAUGACACCCGAGACAAAGGAAAUUCUUAGCAACACAGAGGUGAUUGGUGUAAACCAAGAUCCUCUUGGUGUCCAGGGAAGAAAGGUUCAUGCAUUUGGACCAGACGAUUGUCGUCAGGUUUGGGCAGGCCCGUUAUCUGGAAAUAGGCUAGUUGUUGCUCUUUGGAAUCGAUGCUCGAGUGCUACUGUGAUUACUGCUCAAUGGAACGUUCUGGGACUUCAAUCUUCUGUUCAUGUUUCCAUUCGAGACUUGUGGCAGCAUGAGGUUGUUGUUGGAGAUGCAGUGUCAUCGUAUGGUGUUCGUGUUGAGUCUCAUGAUUGUGCCAUGUAUAUAUUCACCCCCAACACGUCUGGGUCGCUCUCGGACAUGUAACUUAACAUUCAUAAUCACUCAAGUUUCCAGGGUUGAUAUAAGAUGUGGAUUCUGGUGGUUUGAUGUACAUUGUAAAGUGGAAUUUCAACUGCAAACUUAAAUUUGAUGCAUUCUGUAAAUCAAUAUACUACAAUGACAUUUGUUGUUCCCUUUUUCCUCGGAGAAACAAAUAAAAGUUUCAUUCA